UUGAACUCCUCAUUAUUCUCUCCGCCCUGGGGCCCAUUGAAAAGCGACAUUGUUUCUUUAAGAUCGCGCUCGCACUCAUCGGCGGGUCUGUCCAUUGUUGAGGGAACAGAAAGCGAGUUGAGGUUUGAUAUCCGGGGGCCGGAGGACACUAAGAUUGCGCAUAUCAUCAUCAUCCUCAUCAUCACUGGAGCAGCUGCAGAGGAGGCAGACACAGUGAAAUCACCGACGGGUCGUGAACGCAUCCUUCCUUCCAGACAUGGGUUGCUACGACUGCUGUAUGCGCUGUUUGGGUGGGGUGCCGUAUUGCUCCCUGGUCGCCACACUGUUGUGUUUCUCUGGCAUCGCCCUCUUCUGCGGCUGUGGGCACCAGGCGCUCACAGAGACAGAGAGACUCAUCGAGACUUACUUCGCCCGCAACCUUCAGGACUACAUCACCCUUGCCUACAUCAUACAAUAUUUCCAGUAUGUCAUCUACGGCCUGGCCUCCUUUUUCCUCCUCUACUGCAUCGUGCUGUUGGCCGAGGGCUUCUACACCACCAGCGUUGCCAGGCAAACCUUCGGGGAGUUCAGGAGCACCAUGUGCGGCCGCUGCCUCAGCUCCUCGUUCAUAGUGCUGACGUAUGUACUGGCUGUGCUGUGGCUGCUGGUGUUUGCCUUCUCCGCCCUGCCUGUCUACUUCUUCUACAACAUGGAUGCCACCUGCCACACUAUCGACGUCCUGACCGAGACCCCAGCGAGUAUCAACCAGCUCUGUGUCGACGCCAGGCAAUAUGGGCUCCUGCCAUGGAAUGCAGUGCCAGGGAAAGCCUGUGGUAUGACUCUGUCCAAUGUUUGCAAGACCCGAGAGUACCGAACGACCUACGACCUCUACAUCGCUGCCUUCGCCGGAGCGGGCAUCACUCUGCUGGCUCUGGUGCACGGUUGCGUGCACUUGGCUGUGUACCAGGUGUACCAGAGGAAGCUGAGGCGCAGGGUGAAAGAGGAGGGCGCAGGCUACGACCUGUGUGGAAGGCUGCAGAGGGACAGAGGGGGGGUGCUGUGUUCUCCGUACCCUGCAGUCACGCCGGACGCCUCCUGACAGCCGCACCUGAUUCACUGCAGAAGCUUCACAACUGAGCUGAUCGUCAAAAUAAUGUUUUGUUUUCAACUUUGUAGUAAUUAUUAGAUCGAUUCCCCUUCAUUGUUAAGUUGUAACAUGGUACCAACGCAGUUAUGUUUUUUUCUUUACAAUGGCUGAAUAUAUCAUUAAGUUGGAGAUUUAAAAAUAUGUAUUUUGAAAAGCAGGCAGGAUGAUAAAAACAAUUCUGUCUCGGGUCAGAUUUCACAGUAUGCAGUGCAUGCUUGAUAUCCUUAUUUAAUGAAGGGAAAAUAAACAGUGUUCACUGUC